ACGUCAGAACGAUUCUCUCUCUCUCGGGUUGGAUUGCGUUAGAAAGGGAGUCGAGAAAAACCAUUGACCUAAGGGGCCGAGAUGGACAAAAGAUCGAACUACAUAUCGCAGAGCUUCCAAUCAUACUGUGAGGUAUAUCUUCGAGACAAUGGCGGAAAAUGGGACUAUUCUUAUUUAUAGAGUCAAUAAACCCCGUGACAUGACCUCAAGAAAGCUUUCAAAACCCAUUUGACGUCAUCAUGAGGUCAUCAUUCACCUGGCACUGACAUGGCAACAUUAUUAAACACUAACCAGUCUUGUAAUAACUCUAGGGGAGAUCCCCAACAGAUGUGCAAAACUAACGGCGCUGCUCUGGGAGCACAAGGUGGGGAGAAUAACGAGCACGAUGAGUCAACUGGAUUUGAUGAACCUGUAAUAUUGACAGGUAGCAUGACGUCACUGAAAACAAACGACGAAAACUGUGAUGACAAAAGACCAAAUAAAGGAAAGUCGGUCGUUUUCCACAGCGAAACUAGUCAGCCAGCAAUAAGGAAGAUUUACAGUGCUUCCGACUGUUGGCAAUACAUGAUGAACGGAAGCAGCAUGGUGAAACUGAAGAGUAGUUCUAGACAAUAUCGUCGAUAUUUUACCCUGGAAGAGGACCUGUCUUUUGUACGGUGGGUGCCGACUGCCAAACAAGCAGCUAAAGCAAAACGUAAGUUGUAGCAUCGUUUGGUGAACUUCUGAAAAUUGUUAAACACUUUGCACUUUCCGGUU